UCGGCACUCAUUUCAUCUAAUUCAACAUGCAUGGGCUUCUUCGACGUUGGCCCGAUUGUCAGCUGCUCACGACAUAUAGUCAGAGAGUCGAGCAAGUGUAAUGGGGUGACCUGCCUUGUAGCAGUCACCCGUCUCAACAUGCAAUUCACCGUGCACGAUGCACUGAGCGAGCUUGUCGGCAAAGAUUUCCAGAAGCGUUUCACUUGAUGUAUUCCCAACAAUCGCCUCGACAUCAGGCGCGUUCCAGCUGCCAUGCCACCAGCGACCGUCCUCAGAAAGACCGAGAUGAAUGUGCCAUUUGUCCUCAGAGAUGUCGGAGAGUAAGACAAACUUGUCCAAGCCCUGAUAUAUCACCUGUAUGAGUUCAUCGAGGGCGCCGAAACUAGAAAAAACAUCGCUGGUCAUUGUGGGGCAGUGUGAAAGUAGCUCGGCGGCGGGUGGCGGUGCCCGCGAGUGGUGUGCCGACGAUCCCUAGGUGUCAGCCGCAUCACUCAGUGGCUGCCGAUCACGUUGUCUCGACUGGUACCACUCAAGUACCGCGGCACCAUGUCCACAUCCUGCCAAGCGCUUGGCGGAUCGGCCGUCCGCCUUGGACAGGUGCAGCUCAAGUACACCCGCACUCUGCAUGAGAUAUUAUCCUUGUCAGGUAAUAUGAAUGUCAGUCGAACGACGCUUAUGUAAUUCCUGCUUGAUCUCCGGUACAAAACGGUGGUACGACUUUGAGUGUUCUUCAAACUCCUACAGUGGACACGUCCAUUUGCCUCUCCUCGACGCGUCAAAAGCGUGCUCAACGACCAUGCCCUCCUCCAAAAAAGCCAAGACGCGCUCUGAAUCUCAAUCUGUCGUCGAUUUCUCCAAUAAAUGGGUUCUCAGCGCAGUGGUCUUUUCUGUACUAGUCGUGCUCGGCGGGUUCCUAGACCAGAUCAAGAGUCGCUGGUAUGUUUUCGACCCCACGGCCAUGCACCAACUCGCGCAAGCGGCAAUUGCCGCAAGCCCCGACGAUACUGCUGGGAUGAUCCGACACAUCGUGGCGAACUUGACUGCGACGUAUCCCUCGAAGCAGAUUAAGCUGAACACAGACUCCAGCGAGUGGGUCUUCAACAACGCCGGCGGCGCGAUGGGCGCCAUGUACAUCAUCCACGCCAGUAUCACGGAAUACCUGAUCAUUUUCGGGACGCCGUUGGGGACGGAGGGACAUACGGGCCUGCACACUGCUGAUGAUUACUUUAACAUCCUGGUGGGUGAGCAGUGGGCGUUCGCACCGGGUGCUCUGGAGAUGGAGAGGUAUCCUCCGGGCUCAGUCCACUACUUGCCCCGGGGAACAGCAAAGCAAUACAAAAUGCACGAGGGCUGCUUCGCGCUCGAGUAUGCCAGAGGUGGGAGGUUCAUACUCAAACGACUGACGCAAGCUGAACGACGUGAUUCAGGCUGGAUCCCGCUCAUGCUGCCAUUCGGAUUGGCGGAUACCUUCUUCUCGACUUUAGAUAUCAUCACGCUGUACCACACAGUGCGAGUGACGGGGAGAGAGAUGCUUAGAAAUCUACUUAUUGCUAAGAUAUGA